UUCCACAUUGUUCUCGGAUGUGACUGGAAGCUGUCAACCGCUGCCGUUAGCUCAUGUGGCUAAUGUGGUUAGCUUCAACUGGGAGUCAGAGGGCGUCUCUCUAAACACACAAGGCAGCUAUGCUUUAGCGGAUCACCGAGAAAACGAGUUGAACGCCACGGGCGUCCACACAGCCCCGUCGCAUCCGCGGAACAGAGACCUAUUUAUUGAAUAUUGAUUUACCAUCCAGGGUCGUGAUUGGACCAAUCACUGUGACUUAUUUCCAGAUUUUUUGGGGUGAUUUGUGACAACGAGACACAGUAACCAUGGCCACCCAUGAAUCAGAUGUGACCCCCAUCUCUCCUGAGCUGCCAGCAAUGUUCGAUGGCAUGAAGCUUGCAGCCGUUGCCACGGUGCUCUACAUCAUUGUGCGUUGUCUAAACCUCAAGAGCCCCACUGCGCCUCCUGACCUCACCUACCAAGACACAGCCCUCAACCGCUUCCUGCUGAAGUCCUGUCAUCCACUGACCAAAGAGUACAUUCCCCCACUGUUGUGGGGCAAGAGUGGUCACCUACAGACGGCGCUGUAUGGGAAGCUUGGCAGGGUGAGCUCUCCAAAUCCCUGCGGAGUCAGGAAAUACUUACCAAUGCCUGAUGGGGCGACUGCAACGUUUGACCUAUUUGAAGCGUUGGGAGACCAUCGAACUGGAGAUGACAUCACCAUGGUGAUAUGCCCUGGGAUUGGUAACCAUAGUGAGAAGCAUUACGUCAGGACAUUUGUGGAUUAUGCCCAGAAGGAUGGUUACCGCUGCGCUGUGCUCAACCACCUGGGAGCGCUACCAAAUAUUGAGCUCACAUCUCCACGGAUGUUUACCUACGGGUGCACAUGGGAGUUCGGAGCCAUGGUUGGGUACAUCAAGCGAAUGUAUCCUCAGACAAAGCUGAUUGUGGUCGGCUUUAGUCUGGGCGGGAACAUUGUCUGUAAGUUCCUGGGUGAGAACAUGAUCAACCAGGAGAGAGUGCUGUGUUGUGUCAGCGUCUGUCAAGGGUACAGCGCCCUGAGGGCUCAGGAGACCUUCUUGCAAUGGGACCAUUUCAGACGCUUCUAUAACUUCCUCAUGGCUGACAACAUGAAGAAGAUAAUCCUGUCACACAGGCACAGUCUCUUCGGAAACUCAGCUAGACUAAUCGACACGGAGCUCAGUCGCCUCUACACAGCAACAUCCCUCAUGCAGAUCGAUGACACCAUCAUGAGGAAAUUCCAUGGCCACAGCUCUUUGAAAGAAUACUAUGAAAAAGAAAGUUGUGUUCACUAUAUUCACAACGUAAAUGUACCACUGCUGCUUGUGAACUCUGCUGAUGAUCCUCUGGUUCAUGACUCACUGCUGAACAUCCCUCGCACACUAGCAGCAAAGAAGCCGAAUGUGAUCUUUGCCUUGACGCUACACGGGGGACACCUGGGCUUCUUCAAGGGUGCCGUGCUCUUUCCCAAACCUCUCACCUGGAUGGACAAGGUGAUCGUAGGAUAUGCCAAUGCCUUGUGCCAGUGGGAGAAACAGAAACCAAAGUGCCAAAGUGACAGUCUGAGUGACAGCUCUUGUGGAGAUGAGAAAGAUUAAAUGUGGCAUUUGUGUCUUUUCCACGUGUCGGUCACGUGACACUGACCCAGCACCGAGGAGACUCCUGAACCAAACUGUUUUUCUCUUCUGCCUUCUCCUGCGGUGCUGCUCAAGGUUAACCUCCUCUCCAUACCCCCUGGUAUAUUCAUCGUCACCCAACACAUAGAUUUAGAUGAAACUAUUAAAUAAAACUGCCUUCUUUUGUUACCUUGUAGAGCAGAAACACCUCUUAGCUCAGCAGAUGUGUUGCCCAAUGGAGGUGUUAAACUGUAAGUGAGAGGUAGAGUUUGUAACAGCACAACUGAAUAACGCUGCGUGCACCUGAACCUAGCUCAAACUUCAUCACCGCCAAGGCCAUAUGGAAAACUCUGCUGUCUUAACAAACACAAUUUCUUCGUAGUAUGUGUCUGUGAGUGUGUGAGACCGUUGGUGAAUGUUUGAUCGGUAAAACAAAAAUAGAUUCACCCCUUUCACUUGGAGGUGAAAGUUGUGUGUUAAAACAUGAACAAAGAUAUCGAAUUGUGGAAGGUUUUUCACUCAGUUAAAAGCAUAACUCUAGAGAGGGAUCAAGCCAAGAUGGACCCAUGCACAUGCUCACAUUCUGUCACUUUUAUUCAGUGCACUUUACGCCACAUGCUCUUUCUCUUAUUUGUCGACCAAAUGUGUUUCGUAUUGCUUUGCCAUCGGCUCAGUGCGCUGUCAGGCUGCAUUUUAAUUCCAUCAUCAUAUCAUUAUGAAAACAUCAGACUUUAUCUGUAUCAAUGGGUUUUGGUUCAGGUUAACUUGGUCGUCAUCAAGUUGAGCAUAGCUAUUGUCUAGCAUCAAAACAACAGAAAGUGUCAUUGUUCUCUGGACAGAUGACGUGCUGCCUGAGACCAGAGUGGAAGUGCUGGGUGAGGCAGCCUCCAUGUCUCUCAUUCGGGAUUCACCACUGUGAAAAGAAGAAGCAAUAUGCAGUUGUGUAACAUCAGUCAGUACUUCGCUGUAACUCAGCUGCUUGACCUGUUGGCUGGUAGCUGUACGAACAUAUCAUAGCUUUUGAUGACAUCAAUAUAUUUAUGUCAUUGAUAAUCACAUAUGCAGGUACCAAUGCUGGUCAUAAUGGGCCACAGAUGAGAAAUGAAAUUACACCACAGCAACUCAGCCGUGUUCCUCUUCCGUGCUUCAAUGUUAGUUUGUCCUUUUCCACUGGAAAUAUUAUCCCUCAAACUCAUCCCCAAAACAUAGUUAUUCAGCUACGGGGUCAGAUUACCAAUGCACUCAACAAUAUAUGAGACCUUGCUCGACCCCAUCUGUGUCUGGUCUCAUUAAAUAUUUGUUCGCUGCUGCCUGAUUUAAACUCGCUAACUCAUUUUCAACCCCUGCUCAGUCACAUGACUCACAUGUGAAGCCCAUAAGCAUCUGCUGUUCUUGGAUGUGUCUUUAAAAAAAUGCAAAAACAUUGACAUUGACACCAGCACAAAUGUCUAUCAUUGGUUGUUAAAGAAUCUCUAACCUUUGCACAGAAAUGCAGAUUUGGAUGUAAUAUGUUGUUGUUUUUUUGUUUUUGUUUUUUACUAUGUUUCUGUAUCAGAGUGUGAGUGUUCAUGAUGAGAAAAUGUGUGUGCAUCAUCACCUCUGAUUGACCAAACCAAAACUUCUUCACCUUAUUUGAUGUAAAGGUAUAUAAAUGUACAGAUAUAUAUGUAUAUGUUUAUUCAGAAAUUUGAAGACAAUAACCAACAAGAGGGAGUCUUUUGUCAUUUUGUGUGAUUUGAAAUACAUGCAACAGUACGUCAUAACAUUAUGACCAUCUUGUUUUGCCCGAAACAACAGCGUGUUCUUGGUGUGGAGCGGUAGGAUCUGCGCAAAGGUGGUUAGCAGAUAGAAAAAGCUGGGUCCUGACCACGGCCUGAUGGCAAACGAAGUUCAACUCUUUACUAAGCAGUUGAUGGAAAUUUUGAUCUGCUUCAUUCAUGGUCUUGAUGCCCUUUCCUCAGGUGCUUAAAAAAAUUGUUUGGAUACUUGAAGUUAAGCCACCAAAGGACAGACUGUGAUGGAAUUAUUAAGGUAACCUGUUUUGUUCUCCUGCAAAGUAAAACGCCGUUCAAUUUUGUUUACAAUCUCCUGAUGAUGAUAAAGGUCAUGGUCGUGGCAAUUAUUUAGUGAGUUUCACAAAAUGACUAAAUGGGAUAUUUUUUGUGAUCAAAGUGUGUAUGGUUAUUGUGUUUCAAAAUAAAUUAUUUUAU